UCUAUUUAUGGUUCGGCCUCCCGGGACUUGGGAGGUGGAAAGAGGGGCAGAGUGAGUGACAGUGGGAGACACGGACUGAGGCAGAAUGGCCACGGGAACGCGCUAUGCCGGGAAGGUGGUCGUUGUAACCGGGGGCGGGCGCGGCAUCGGAGCCGGGAUCGUGCGAUCGUUCGUGCAAAGCGGGGCCCAAGUGAUUAUCUGCGACAAAGAUGAGUCUGGGGGCCGGGCCCUGGAGCGGGAGCUUCCUGGAACUGUCUUUCUCCUCUGUGACGUGACUCAGGAGGAAGACAUAAGGACCCUCAUCUCUGAGACCAUCCGCCGUUUUGGCCGCUUGGAUUGUGUGGUCAACAACGCCGGCUACCACCCGCCCCCGCAGCCGCCCGAGGAGACCUCCACCCAGGGCUUCCGGCAGCUGCUGGAACUGAACCUGCUGGGCACAUACACCUUGACCAAGCUUGCCCUCCCGCACCUGCGGAAGAGCCGGGGGAACGUCAUCAACAUCUCCAGCCUGGUCGGGGCGAUUGGCCAGUCCCAGGCUGUUCCCUAUGUGGCCACCAAGGGGGCAGUAACAGCCAUGACCAAAGCCUUGGCCCUGGAUGAGAGUCAAUAUGGCGUCCGAGUCAACUGCAUCUCCCCAGGAAACAUCUGGACCCCAUUGUGGGAGGAGCUGGCAGCCUCAACGCCAGACCCCACGGCCACAAUCCGAGAGGGCACACUGGCCCAGCCCCUGGGCCGCAUGGGCCAGCCAGCUGAGGUGGGGGCUGCCGCCGUCUUCCUGGCCUCCGAAGCCAACUUCUGCACAGGGAUUGAGCUGUUUGUGACUGGGGGUGCGGAGCUGGGGUAUGGGUGCAAGGCCAAGUGGGGCGCCCCUGUGGAAGCCCCCACCAUCCCUCCCUGAUUUCCCACGUUUCCCCUUGGGCCUCCCUGACUAGGACUCUCCCACCCUAAACUCAGUCUCCUAAAUUCUAGCCUCUACCACAUGCCUCUUGGGUGCAGCCCCCAAUUCCAGACAUUACCACUUAGCAUGUGCCAAACCACCCCACAGGGUCCCAUAAAAGCAAUUUGGAGCCAGAAGAAGGAGGGCAUCAUUACAUUUAAUUUCCACCCUUUGUGAGUCCUGCCACACCACAAUCCCCGCCCCCCCAGCCCCAUGCGCUCCUGUUACCACUCAAGAGGAGACUUCCUCUGCCUGCCAUAAGACAUGCCAAUAGUCCAGAGGCAAGGAGGUAGGAGAGAAAGAACUUUAUUGCAGCUUGCUAGUAAGGGGGAAGGUGGCUGACUAAUGUCCCAAAGAACCAUUUUACAGAACAAAGACUACAGGCCAGUUAUAUAGGGGGCUGGUCUCUGGGUGGAGGCAGAUACCUGGUCUCAGGGUGGGGGCAUCCAUCUGUUCUUAGUUCCUCAUAGAUUUUGUUUUACUGGAUAUGCAUCAGAGACCAGAGCAACGCCCUACACCCUGAUCUUUCAGUUGGCAUUGAUGAUGGCUAUCAGCGUAGACUUUCUGCCCGGGGCC